UCGCCCCCUUCGGCAGGCGGAGCGAGGAGGAUAGCCAGAAGGACGGGCGCGCGCAGGCAGGCAGGCAGGCAGACAGAGACGCGACCAGCCAGGAAGGGGUUGUGACUGGCCCAGCCCAGUUGCAGCUCGAGGCGGAUCGUAGCGGAGGAGGAGGGAGACGGCCUGGCUCGCUCGCCGUCGGCGGCUCCAGGCGGCUGGGCUGCGACGCUCUUCGCCCGGCCCGCGCAGCCCUCCUCCCGGCUCCGGCGACGCCCAUUCUGCGCUCGGUCCGGAUGUGCAACAGUUUCCCUGAAGUUGCGCCCGAAGCUAGCGGGCGGGCGCGCGGAAGGUUCUUGAGCGAGAGGGUGGAAGGACGAGAGCAGACAGGCUGGUAGGCAGCCCGCCCCGGGUGAGGAACCGGAGAGGGCGUCCAUCCAUCCAUCCGCUGUGCUGGCAGGAGAUGCUCGGAGACGCUGUCCUUUCUGUCCUCUCGGCGCUGCGGCUGCUCCGGUUGGCGUCUCUCUCUCGCGGGCAGCAGCUGAGGAUGUCCUCCUGAAGGCCGGGAGGGGGCGAGGAAGGGUGGGCUUUGCUCCAGCAUGGGCGCCAAACAGACCAAGGGUUGCUCGCUGUCCGGCUCCACCGGUAGCGGUAGUACAAGCAGCCCCCAAGGUCCCCUCUCCGACGGUCGCCGAAGGAUUUUGCCUUCUCGGGAGCGAGGAAACUUCUUGGCGUCCCUCGUGGUAAGAUCGAGUGAAAAGUUUGGUAAGGGGGCUGGCGGCGGCGGCGGCGGCCUCCCCCCAUACCAUCGCCGGAUCGUCCUGAUCCAAGAUAUGCUGAGGAUGGUGAAACAAGGCAAGCACGAGGAGGCGACCGAUCUGCUGAAGCACCUGCGCCAGGAUUUGGGAAUGGAAUCAACUUCAUUGGACGAUGUCUUAUAUCGCUAUGCCAGCUUCAGAAACCUCGUUGAUCCAAUCACCCACGACCUGAUCAUCAGCCUUGCCAGAUACAUCCACUGCCCAAAACCAGAGGGGGACUCACUAGGGGCUAUGGAGAAGCUCUGCAGGCAGCUGACGUACCAUCUGAGCCCCCACUCUCAGUGGCGACGACAGGGCAUGGUGAAGAGGAAGCCACAAGCUUGUUUGAAAACGAUCUUGGUGGGGAAUCCUCUGGACAACACAGUGGACUUGUCUGGCAUCCCUUUGACUCUAAAGGAACUAGACAGGGUUAUCUCAUACCUCCAGCACAGCUCUGAGUAUAUUGAAAAUGUGGAGCUUUGCUUCACAGAGCUGACAGAUGAGAUGUUCCUCCAGCUUUUGCCAGUUCUCAGUGCCCUACCUCACCUCACAACUCUUUCCCUUAAUGGCAACAGGCUGACAAAGGCCAUCCUCCGGGACCUGACUGAAGCUCUGAAGGACACCAGAAAUUUCCCCAGUAUGACUUGGAUUGAUCUGGGCAAUAAUGUGGACAUAUUCUCUCUGCCACAGCCUUUUCUGGUCAGCCUUAAGAAACGAAGCCCUACCCAAAGCAAUCUCCCAACUAUUCUUGAGUUUGGUGAAGGUCAGGUGAGUGACCUUGAGAGCCAAGAAGGUCUUUCGUCACAGGAUGAAGACCAAAAUGAUGGUGCCCUGGAUGACACUAAGGCCAGGCAGGUAUGGACAGGUGAAGCUAUUGAGGUUAAGCUGCUGCCAAAUGAAUCUACAAAUCAAGAACAGAUUUCUACUGGGUUGUUUCAAACAUGAAAUACAGUUGCCUCUCACUCGCCCAGGAUGUGCCAAAUGGAUCCCUUUAUAACAACAAAGAAUCUUGGCUAGUUUAUGCUGAUGAAGCUCUCUUGUAAUAAAUUCUUUAAUUCCUUAACUUGCAGGGCCAAAAAGAGGAGACUGAAUUGCAGACAAAAUUGGCUGCAAUUCACAUAUUAAUGAUGUGCUAUGAUUUGUACCAUUAUAUGGAAUUAUAUUGGAAGGGGUUAUUGAGGCCAUCAUGUCCAACAAGUUGCUCAGUGCAGUAUCCAAAUUAAAGCAUCCCUUUAAUUCCUGAGACCUUGUAAUUACCACAAAUAUGAUUACUAAUUGACUCUUUGGUUUGAGAGCAUGAGAGACACAAAAGAAAAUGCAAUGCCACUAUCGAGCCUGUUUUUUUUUCAGGUUAAACAAUUUCUAGUUGAAUACACUAAUCAGAAUUUUCAUAUUAGGUAUACAGAUAAUCCUGCACUCAUUAGAGUUUUUACUUUCCAAAUGAAUUAUUUUGAAUAGAAGUUUUAGGGGGAAAAUUCCAUGCCUGGAUAGAAAAAAAAUUAAUCCCAUGGAUUAAACAGAGACGUGUUAAUCAACUCAUCAAAACAAGUUUGAAUGUCUCACUGUUUUAGGAAUAACCGCUGCCAAGAAGGUAGUCAUCACUACUGUACCUUCUGCAUUUCAAUUUCUUCCAACCCAUUUACUGUCUCCUGCCCCAAAUAAGCCAUGGAUGCGUAUAAGUUCCGGUCUCAGGACAACAUGCCAUGAAUCUGAUGAAUUUGGUUGUAGUCCAUGAGUUUUAUUUGUAAAAUCUUAAGGUGCUACAAGACUGUUGGUUUUCAAAUGUAAUUCAUAGAAGACAACAGUGUGAGCCAGCAGGGCUGAAAAAAUUGUACCCUCUGAACUCUUACUCCCUCUAGAAUGAAAUAAGAGGAAAACCCACUGGCAACAGCUGUGUAAUUUUUUUCUUCUACCACUCCACUCUACACAAGUCUAGCCACUUAACAGGACAAGCAAGACACUAUGUGUUGGUGGACGAUGGAGUAGAUUAGAUCGGUCCAUAAAGCAAACAGUACAAAUGAAAAACAUCUCAUUCCUUUCCGUUUCAAUGGGCGUGAAUCAGUGGUACUUAAAAACAUGUGCCUUCCUGGUGGGCGAUGCCUUUUCUGCUGAACAAGCCCUUGCUCUAGGCACCAGAGAACGAAGCAAGUGAGCGAUGGCCGUUCCGUGCAUUUGUUGCAGUUGUGUAAAGUUGCUGUAAUUUAUUAUACAGACUUUGUGGAAAAAGUAUGUACAGCUGCUUUCAGUUACUCUGGAUUUUCAUCACUGUGACACAGAAGAGACAGUAGAAUCUAUGAAAUUCAGCUUAAUAGUCUCAACUUUUCCUAAUGUUCUUGGAUACCUGGAUUCAUUAAAUGCUUGGGGGAGCUUUAGUCAGCAAUAUUUUGCAGCACUUGAUCAUCAUGAGGUAAAUACUGGCUUUGUUGCUUUUCUGAAUUACCCAUGAAGAGUCUUACCCAAGUUAACUCUCUCAUCCAUUUCCUUGUGAGCUUUCAAUGCUGUAGUUUUGGUACAUCAAAAGCACUUCAUCCUGAUAGGUUUGGGGAGCACCUGGUAAUGACUGAUACUUUGAGUUGGCUCUGCCAUAUUAGUCUGCCUUAGGGAUGAGGGGGGAUGUCUCUUCAUAACCAAAAGGAUCUGACCAAUUUGAUCUUUUUCCCUAAAGCCCUACUGCAAAGUUGGCUAUUGUGCCCAUUUUCUUUCAUGCAUGUUCUUCAAUAGGGUCAAUCUGGUACUUCAUAGACAUCCACAGCUCCUUAUUGUCCUAGUUUGCAUGUAGCCAAUGCCUUUUAUAUGCUUUGUCAACAAAUAAAACUUGUUUGAAAGAUA